UUAUUAAUUCACCUUCCAUUUUAUUUAUGUGUCUAUAACUUUGUAAAUGAUUUUUUCUAUCAUAACAGUGUUACUUUAACUCUUGGAACAUGCCAGAAGAAAGGUAUGAUAUCAGUUAUAGCACACAGUAUUAUUCUUGCUUAUAGAAAAAAUUAUAGGUAUACAAAAACAGUACUUCAAAAACCUUGUUAAUCAAACAACAACUUUGAAAGUUUUUGGGAUGCAUCAGGAUUCUGAAAAGGAAAAUAUGAAGUACUUCAAAUCCUUAUCUUAUAAUAACUGGUUUAUUCUUGACUUUGUCUUCUGCGAACGAUUUUUUGAGGUUUUAAAUGCUGUAAGUUUGACUAAGAAUAUUCUUGAUAGAUGUAUGAUAUCAUAUGCUUCAAUCUUUACAGAUAAGUGACCAACAUUUGUUUGAAUCUCCCGCAAAAUAUCUUAUUUUGGUAGAUGCAGGAAGUCAUGAUAAAUUGCUUAAAAUGAUGGAAAGGCUUGAGAUACUUCCCAUGAGUGAAAUUGUCAUUGCUACUUUUCUCAGUGACUCACUUGCUCAUUUAUACAAACCAUAUAAAAUCAGUAAAGACACCUCUUUAAUCUUGGAAGCAUGUGGGAAAUGGUCUAAAAAUGAUGGGAUGCGCAACCUUUGUAACGAACUUAAAAUAGAACGGCGACACAAUUUUGGGAAAUACAACAUAAAAAUCAGCGUCGUUGUUAAGAAGAAUGAAAGCAUCAAUAUAAAAAAUUUCGACGACUUACUGGAAGUCUCCGGUGACGAGCCAUAUUUUUUCAACGAUUUUACGAACAUAUAUAACCUCAUGCAGUAUAUCAAUGCGACGUUUACCCUGAGACCAUUUCAGUCAUAUGGAUAUUUAGAUGAUUCUACUGGAAAGUUCAGUGGCAUGGUUGGUGAUAUAAUCGAGGGAAACAGCGACAUCACUGGAUCACCAUUCAUACCGACCGAUACUCGUUGUAAAUAUCUGGACAUUAUAAAAACAUUUGAACAAUAUGGUACAAGAUUCAUAUUGAAACGCCCUUCCUUAUCUUUCAUCGAAAACAUUUUUUUGAUGACAUUUACAAAAAAGGUAUGGAUUGCUUCUACGCUGGUGCUGAUACUCUUUGGAACCGUCCUGUACUUUCUGUUGAACUGGGAGGCCAAACAUAAAAAGUGUUUACGGACAAAACAUAAAUAUACCAUUGGUGACAUUACACUGAUUUCUUUGGAAGCUGUCUGCCAACAAGGGACAUUCGCUGAUUCUUCGACCUACUCAGGAAGGCUAAUAAUUCUGCUUCUUUUUACCGCAUUUAUGUUUCUAUAUGUUGCGUAUUCGGCAUAUAUUCUGGUACUUUUGCAAUCCACUACACCGAUCAGAUCUAUCCACGAGUUGGUAAAUAGCAGAAUUCAAUGUGGAGGAUUGAACAUUUCUUUCUAUGAAGCUUACUAUAAGGUCUGUAAGAGUUUGAACCUCUAUUUGGUCACAUUUAUGUACGUGAUUUGUGACUCGCGACUGUCUAGUUUCUUUAAAUGGGGUCACCUGUAAAAUAAACCUGCUUUCGUCAGUCCGAUCAGAGACAGCCAACCAUGGUCCGCUGUUUCGUGCUUUUUGGCUACUCCUCAGCAUGGUCCAGGCUUGGGUCUCUCGGACGACGAACGAAAUCAUAGCAACUUUACACUAUACAAAGCGUGUGAUCUAUCAAAAUACGACAGCGCGAAGCGCCACCUACCACCUACCGUAGAUUCGACCACUACGACGAUCUAAGCUAAGCAUGCUUAUUUUGCCCAAUGGCAAUGACCAGAUCUACUAUUCAGCUAGAAUCUAGUAGACAGAUCUAUACAGUCCCAACGAUGCACUGUUCGCAGUGGCUGAUUCUAGUGGUAGAUGGCGAUUCGUCUGUUUUAUUUCGAGAGAGGUCACCCAUGUCGAACACUAUCGAAUGACACUGUUUGAAACUAUCAUUUGGUUUUCAUGCUGAUACGGCUCUGUGAUUGUCUGCUUAAUGAAACCACCGUGGUGGCCGAAACGUUAGUAAAAAAGUAUGUGGACAAUCUUGGAGUCCUACACUGUCGGGCGACACAAAUCGGAUGCACAAAUGGGACUUCUUAAUCGGUGAUACAAUUUUUGAAUAGUCCACCAAGGAUAAUGACCUGAGAAGCUUAUACCAGAAGAAAUUGGCGGGACGAUAUUUCUCAAUGGAAAAAGGCUUGGACGCUGUUAGAGAAGGAAAUUUUGCAUUCCAUGUAGGCCUUGGAGCUGCAUAUAAUUACAUUUUGAAACAGUUCAAUAAUUAUGACAUUUGCAAGUUACAGGAACUUCCUGGGUAUAUGAAUGUUAGUUGCGUUUUAUUUUUUGUUAAUUCAAUAAACAAUGAGUCUACGUUUUCAGGAUAAAUUGUAUGUAGGGGUUCUGAAAUCAUCCCAAUACAAGAAAAUAUUCAAAAUAGGGUAAUUAUGUUUGUUUUCAACCUUUUACAAAAAACUUUAAUUUCAUAAUUAUCAGGUUAUUGAAGGUACAUGAAAGUGGCCUGGAAAUAAGGACAAAAGAUCGUUUGACAAGGAAACCAAAGUGUUAUAAUGAAGCUGGAAACUUUCAGUCAGUACGAAUUUACGAUUGUCUAUCUAUUUUUAUCUUAUACUGGAUAGGGGUACUGUUAUCUCUUAUAGUUUUGGUGAUUGAGAAAAUUAUUGCAAAGUAUUACAGUAAGAAAUAAUGGCUAAAAUCAUAACAGUUGUGUGAACUAUGUAGAUCUUAGGAGUUUCAAUAAAGUACCAAGUGGCUAAUAGACUUUCACUUUUAGUACAUCUACUGGAGUCAAACCUGUCGUCUGACGUGUUUUUUAUUUCACAAGAUAUUGCCCACAGCUAGUGAAAGGUUAUUAUGCAGACGAAUUGCAAAUCAAAAAAUGGCGUCAAGUAGGUUGACCCCGCACUUCCUACGCAACGCUGUCAUCAAUU